AUGGCUCAGCUGCACCUAAUAUUUGGAGACCAAGAAAUGGCAGACGUAAUGCUAAAACUCAUACCCUCAGAGGGGCCAAAACUAUCUCCUCUGUAUCUCCAUUCCCAAGCUCUUCGAAAGUCUGAGUUCUUUGAAGCAAGGCUGUCAGAACGCUGGUCACUUGCUGAUGGUGUAAGGCCCAUAGAACUUACAUUGAGCGAUUGCCAAAAUGUCGAUGGUUAUGUCAAAUGCAUUCAGAUGAUGUAUUCUUUGGAGAGAUUUACCUUCUCCAGUGUCCAGGAGGCCUUGGCACUACUACAAAUUGCUUCAGAAUUGUUGUUCACAGACUGUUUAAAUUCAUGCAUGCAAUACCUGGAAGCUGACUUCAACCCUCUCAAUACCAUGGGAGAAAUUUUAAGUGAACUGUUGUCUUUAGUAUCAAAUGGAGCCUCAUCCAAGGCCCGUGAGAUUACAAAGAGAGUUCUGCAUGACAAUAUGCAGAUAACCACCUCUCCAACAUUUGCAGAUGUGAAUAAAUCAUCUCUCUUCAGGGAGCUUCAGAAUAAUCUAGAUAUUGUCAAAUCACAACUCUACAAAUUUGCCAACUACUUUUCAUGGAAUUCUUAUCAGAUUAGCAUUGCAAGUUCUGCCCUCUGUUGGCUUUUGGAUGAAAUGUUUGCAUUGGAGAUAGCUGACAUGGCUGUGAAAAUGAUUGCUGAAGAACAAGAACUUGCACAGUUGGUCGUUAGUCGAAUUUAUCCGAAUCCCUUCACAGAGACCUUAUUCGAAAUUCUAAUUCGACUACUUCAGGCUCUACAGAUUGGUCAAGUGAUUUGUCAAAGAUCUGUCCGCCUUUCUCUGGUUAAAACUUGGCUACCUGUGAUAGCCAAGCUCACUCAUGAUGAUGAGUAUCUGAUAAAGGACAAUGAACUGCACAACAGUCUAGAGGAAGGCAUGAGUUCUCUUGUUACUACUCUUCCUAUGGCAGAUCAAGAACAAAUCUUUAAAAUUUGGAUAAGUGCUUGCCUCAGAUCUAAGAAAGCAUGGCCUGAUUUGAGCACAACUUUUGACAUGUGGUGCAAUAAACUCCGACAAGCGCAGUGUGAGAUUGAUCUGGGACCUUCGUUGCACUUGUCUGAGGCCAGUGACCCACAUAGUAUCAUUUGCUCUUCAAAGGAUCAUACUUAUCCUUAA